UGAGUUGCCUAGCAACGAUGCAACCAACCUCCACAGUGCGAGGAAACUUGGGAGCUUGCGAUCUUUCGGCUUCACAGUUUCUUCCACCUUCGGGAGCCAGCGUCCGCGAUUCCGAUUUGAGCCCCGCCCCAGGGAGCCUGCGGGCGCUGGAUUGGCCGAUGAUUCUCUCCAGACAUCUCCGGAAGAGCUGCCAUGUCUGGGAAUACUGCAUCUUCGUCAGAACAGAACAACAGCUAUGAAACCAAAGCCUCCAAUCUUCGAAUGUCAGAGAAGAAAUGUUCGUGGGCAUCUUACAUGACCAACUCCCCAACUCUCAUCGUUAUGAUUGGCUUGCCAGCCCGGGGCAAAACCUAUGUGUCCAAGAAACUCACGCGCUACCUCAACUGGAUUGGGGUGCCCACCAAAGUGUUUAAUCUUGGGGUGUAUCGGCGUGAAGCAGUCAAGUCCUAUAAGUCCUACGACUUCUUCCGGCACGACAACGAGGAGGCCAUGAAGAUCCGCAAACAGUGUGCUCUGGUGGCGCUGGAAGAUGUGAAGGCGUACCUGACCGAGGAGAGCGGGCAGAUCGCGGUGUUUGAUGCCACCAAUACGACUAGGGAGAGGAGGGACAUGAUUUUGAACUUUGCCAAGGAGAAUUCCUUCAAGGUAUUCUUUGUGGAAUCUGUCUGCGAUGAUCCUGAUGUCAUUGCUGCCAACAUCCUGGAGGUAAAGGUGUCGAGCCCUGACUACCCUGAAAGGAACAGGGAGAAUGUGAUGGAGGACUUCCUAAAGAGAAUUGAGUGCUACAAAGUCACCUAUCGACCCCUUGACCCAGACAACUAUGACAAGGAUCUUUCUUUCAUCAAGGUGAUAAAUGUGGGCCAGCGAUUUUUAGUGAACAGAGUCCAGGACUACAUCCAGAGCAAGAUAGUCUACUACCUCAUGAAUAUCCACGUGCAGCCUCGCACCAUUUACCUUUGCCGGCAUGGAGAGAGCGAAUUCAACCUCUUGGGGAGGAUUGGGGGUGACUCUGGCCUCUCGUUGCGGGGAAAACAGUUUGCCCAGGCUCUAAGGAAGUUUCUGGAGGAACAGGAGAUAGCAGACCUUAAAGUGUGGACGAGCCAGCUAAAGAGGACAAUCCAGACUGCUGAAUCCCUGGGUGUGACCUAUGAGCAGUGGAAGAUUCUGAAUGAGAUUGAUGCUGGCGUGUGUGAGGAGAUGACCUAUGCGCAGAUUGAGAAGCAGUACCCGGACGAGUUCGCACUUCGAGAUCAAGAGAAAUACUUGUAUCGGUACCCUGGUGGGGAGUCGUACCAGGACCUGGUGCAGCGGCUGGAGCCCGUCAUCAUGGAGCUGGAGCGGCAGGGCAACGUCCUCGUGAUCUCCCACCAGGCUGUCAUGCGCUGCCUGCUGGCCUACUUCUUGGAUAAGGGUGCAGAUGAGCUACCAUACUUGAGGUGCCCCCUCCAUACCAUCUUCAAACUUACUCCUGUGGCCUACGGAUGUAAAGUGGAAACAAUUAAACUCAAUGUGGAGGCUGUGAACACUCACCGUGACAAGCCAACCAACAACUUCCCCAAGAACCAAACCCCUGUAAGGAUGAGAAGGAACAGCUUUACGCCUCUGUCCAGUUCGAAUACAAUAAGGCGUCCAAGAAAUUACAGUGUUGGGAGCCGGCCCCUCAAGCCCCUCAGCCCUCUCCGUACCCUGGACACGCAAGAAGGGGCCGACCAGCCGAAGACCCAAGUCCUGAAAGGGUCAGCCCAGGCUGCAGAACAUCCACAGAUGCUCUGGAGCCCACAAGUGGACAUAGGGCAGAGACCGGGUUGGCUGUGCACAGGCACUCUUCUUCAGCAUCCCUCACAUCGCUUUGCUGAUGAUGUGAAGGCCGAGGCCAGACCUCUCCAAGAUCUACUACAAAGCUUGGGAUGGCAGCUCCACAGGGGCUCCCAUCAGGAAGUUAAGCUGGGAUUGGACAUUUGGGGCCACCAAAAUGAGGCCUGGACAAACAUUACAUUUCUUCCUGUCAUACCUAAUGGGGAUAUCUUACACGGGAUAACUUAACUUCCCUCUGCCUCAAAACAUCUCACAGCCUGACCUGAUCAGUGUGUAUUAUCUCUUUGCUGGGUGUGACCCCAGUUGGCCAGUCUUGUUCCGUUUCAGCAUUUAACUUCCUACCUGCGAUUGUAUCCCUGGCGACCUGUUCUUUUCUGAAAUGCAAAUGCACCUCUUCAGAUUUGUUUCCAAGUGAGAGGGCUGCACUGCAGCAAGCCUGUUCAGUGCUGUCAGAGCUGGUCUCUUCGUCCAUUCCAGCCGAGCAGGCUAGAGGACAAUACACAGAUGUUAGCCAUCCCUUUUUGUCACGUUGGAAACAAGAGACAAAUUCACCAGGUGAGUAGAGGGUAUCUGAGAAAGUCAGUCCCUGAAAUGUCUCUUCUGCGGCGAUGGAAGAGCAGUGUCAGCCACCUUUUCAUGUAGAGAAGUUUUUCCUUGUUCAGGCCCUGUAAGGGCAGGAUCUGACUGCAGAACUCCCCAGAAUGGGUCCCCGUCUUCAAAGUACCCACUAUAUUUCCUACCUGAUGCUGUGUCCCCUCACAGUGGCAGAGGGAUAUGUCAUUCUCCAGUGGUUGAGAAUGAGGGCUGGAGAGAAAAGUAGGGCACCAUUGACAUGACCUGGAGAAGUAGAGGGUUCCUUGGGAAUCAACUCUACCAGGGAGUUCUUUCUUCAGACCAGGUGCAGGGGCACAUGAUUUUCUGUGGGGUUUAUCACUAUGAUGUGGUCUCUACGAAAGCUGUGGCUGUGCCUUCGAGAGCAGCUGGUCUUCUGAUGCCUGCCUCUUAGCUAAUUGUCACUAGUAGGGUCUCCUGGUCUCUUAUGUAUAGAACACUGGGGGGGAGGGCAAGGGAGACAUGAGUCCUUGAGGGGUGUGUCAUUUGGCUUCCUGUAAAGAUAAGCCAGGUAAUUCUCUAGAUCAAUGUGAUUCUCUGUCAGUGUGAUUUUAAUGUCACAACUCCAAAGGAGGGUAUGGAAGCUCCAAAGGAUAAAUAUCUUACAAGCAAUUUUUUUUUUUUUAAGGAUAGUAAGUUUUUUAGCUUUUUAAAUAAUUUUUCCCUUUCAUGCAGAUACCCACUUGCUGGGCGAAAGGGUACGUAACAAAAGUAAUGAAAUGCAGCUUUUCCCAAAUGGUUCUUUUAUACUGUGGAUGAUACGGGGCUCCGUUACCUAAGAUGUGAUGAGCUGGGCUGCGGGCAGUUCAGCAUCCGGCAACCAGGAGCUUAUUUUAUACGCACAAAGCUGCCUUCAGAAAGGCUCCUGACUCUGCUCUGUAGCAGGGGAUUUUCAUCUGGCCAUUUGUAGCAUGUGGUACUGUCAUCAUUUUGUUCUUGUGUUGCAGGUUUCUUUCUGCAUCUAAACGCAGUGUCUUGAUGAUCAGAUAAUGUUUUUAUUUAGUUAUUUAUUCAUCCAUAUGAGAUAUUUUUAAGUCCCAUAUUAGUGUUUGCAUGUGUUUGAUCAGAAUGUAAGAUAAUUGGUGUUGUCUGUUUUUUGGUUGAAAUUUAGGUAGUUUGAGAUUUUAAGUGUGGUGUCCAUAGUAUUACCUUAAAUUAAAUUUCCAAGGUCUAGGUAUCUGUCUUCUGUAAAAGGAUGAUAACUAUGUUAAGGCACAAUGGAUUUCUUUUGAGUACUUUUUUUUUCUCAUUGAUUUUUAUUAUAAGUAUCAACCAAGAGGUGCAUUUCUCUGGAGAGAAGUUUAUCUCCUGGAUAAAUAAAAUCAUGCUAAAAUAUGUCAGUAAUAUGUAUUGCUUUGUAAUAAGAAAUAUAAUAAAAGUUAUUUUUAAUUUAAA